CAAGGCUGAUGAUGACUUAUCGCGCUACUAUAAGGCUCUCAGGUGCGGAUAACACCCUUUAAUAAGUAUCAUGAGCGGUAGUUAGAAGUGGCGACCACCUCGUGCACGGUUUCCCGUGCAUAUAUUACCAUCUGUCCAAUAUGGCAAACUGCUCUCUUAUUCGGAAUGCUGAAAAUACGACGAAGCUCUUCAUUCAGCGGUAACGAGUAUACGGGUUUCUAUGACCAGGCAAUGUACAAUGCGUUUCCGCUAUGAACUGACGAUAAAGAUGGAUUGGCCUUGUAGUACAGUUGAUCAUAUGUAAAACCAUCGUGCUCAUGAAGAUAAGUUACUAGAUAUCUAAGUCAACCCUAAACUGUCCGAGCCUUGAUGUAUUUGGCUGGUGGAUGGCUGUUUAUUUCGUUCACUGACUGCAUGAAAGACGCUUCUCGCCCCGGCACUGGCCAACUCACAACCUUUCAUCACAGGAAAGUAGGAGGACCGAAUGUUCGCUACGCAGGACCUACCUCCUCAACUCCUCUCCACAGUUUUCCACGCACUUACCAACCUGUCUAUCAAAACCACCACCCUUCGGUCUACACCCAAACCCGACUCCACCAAUCCGCAACAUCACCACCAUUUCAAUCACCCUAUUUCAUUACGACUGUACCAAACCAAUCACCACCAACUCGCAAUGUCGGGUACCACUUUCCUCAGCCUGCCCGCCGAACUCCGACAGCACAUUAUCUCGGGGACCAUAUCUGCUAUAAUCAACAAGAAAGGUUAUCGCAUAUCCACUCCAUUCUUCGGAGUCUGCAAGACCCUACAAGCAGACAUCAACGAGAUCCUUCCGCUCUGGCUCCCCAGCGCCAGCACUGAUCCCCUCGUCCUCAUCAAGACCCCAGACCCCAAAACCUUCACGCACUUCCGCGCCUUUCAACAGCUCUUGAACGAGCGCGCAACACGACUGAAGAACUGCGCGUGGCUCGGCGUCCCAGAAAUCACGAUCCAAGUCUUCGAUCAGAUAUGGGAAGGCAUAAACUUCAAUGAGGAUAAGGAGGGUCUUUGGAGGAUGUGCAAGAUGGCGGCGGUCUACAGCACCCAGUACUCCAAUUGGAUCGAUCGGCUUGCAGAACUCCCCGAGUCGGUGAAGACCGUCAAGCUCGAUCUCACGCUUGGCCCAAAGGAAGCGAUGCCGCUGCGAACGGCGCAUACGGAGCUGCAGAAGAUCUUCUGGUACCGGGCCUUGCAGUUGAUCGAAAUGAUUUCGCAUCCUCCUCGAUACCUCUUGAGCCCGGAGUGUGUGAGCAAAGCUGAAUAUGAGGUGGUCGGAAUGUUUCCUGAGUGGGCGGAGGUUGCCAUGGCCACGCCGUCGAUAGCAGAGAAAGUGUACUGGAAGGGGGAACCUGUGAAGUUCGGCGAGGGCCUCUUUGCUAGCUUCUUGAAGAAUGUCCAGGAGAAGCGACAGGCGAUUAAGUUAGAGAUGGCGAUCGCGGCUGAGAUGGAGGCGAAGAAGCAGCAGACGUUGGUGAAGACGAGGGAGGCGAGGGAGACGAUGAUGGAGAAGAUGAUGCAUCAGAGGGAUUUCGGCAGGAGAAUGUCGGAGCUGAAGAAGCGGAAGAGGGAGGAGGAUGUGGAUGUCGAGCAUGGUUCCUACCAGAGCCCGAAUGAGGCCAAUCGACAGAAGAGGGAGUAUGGAUGUGUGGAUGAUGAUGUUGGGGGUGGAUUCGGAUGGAGAUUGUUUUUUCGGCACGGAAUGGGGUGGGUGAGGUACGGGUUGAAAAAAUGAGACUGAGACAAUUAUGUCCGGGGUAUCUGCGAUGUUGCUCUUCUACGAAGGCCGGCAUACCUGGGUAGUUACGAAGGGGAAUCACCGAGUUUUGAAUAAAACCCUUUGAGAUAGCUUUUGGAAAUGUCAAAGCUCC